UUUCGGUCCCGUCAGCCGCCCGUCUGCGCGGGGUGCCGGCUCUGUGUCACCCCUGGCACACCCCGCGGUGACGGGGGUCGCCGGCCGCCCCCGGCCCGUCUGUGCCCACCCACCCGUGCCGGGGGCGCGGCCGCAGAAUCUCGUCCCGCCCGGCCGGAGGCGUGACCCCACGGAGCCCAUCCCCGUGGCACCGGGCACCGAUCACCAUGGCCGGGCGGAUCGCCAAGGAGCUGGAGGAGGCGCGGAGCUGGGAGGGGGCCCGCGACGUGCGGCCGCUGGACGGGAACGUGCGGCGCUGGACGGGACUCCUGCUGCCCAACAACCCCCCAUACAACGCUGGCGCCUUUCGCUUCGAGCUGACCUUCUCCCCGAACCACCCGCAUGAGCCGCCCUGCGCCACCCUCCGCACGCCCAUCUACCACCCCAGCGUGGACCUCGAGGGCCGCGUGUGCCAGCCCCUCACCAGCCACGGGCACUGGAAGUCCGCCACCCGCGCCAUCCAAGUGCUCCAGGACCUGCUGCUGCAGCUGGACAGCCCGGACCCCCGGCGGCUGCUGCGGCCCGACGUGGCCCGGGAGCUGCAGGAGCGCCCCGAGGAGUUCCGGCGCCGGGCUGAGGAGUACACCCGGCUCCACGCCGAGCCGCGCCCCCAGCCCCGCACAUGAGGCAGUAAAUUAUCUGCA